AUGUUACACAAACGUUCAAGAGAAAGUUUAUCAAUGAAAUGGAUAAUUCCAAUAUUAUUUUUCAUUUGUUCAAUUACAUAUAUGUAUAAUUAUUAUAAAUAUGUAUGUAAAUCAAAUUAUGAUUAUCCAUUUCAAGAUCCAACUUUACCAAUUGAUAUAAGAUUAGAUAAUCUUAUGUCAUUAUUAACUCCAGAAGAAAAAAUUGAUAUGUUAUGGAUGGGUGCAACAACAGCAGAUGGAGAAUUACCUAAUUUAUCUGUUCCACGUUUAAAUAUUCGUGGAUAUUCAUGGAUGGGACAAGGAUAUGUUUAUCGAUCAGCAUCAAAUGGUUGUAAUAUUAAUUGUUAUAGUUCUGUUAUUGAUGGUAAUGUUUCUGUACUACCACAAGGUACAGGAAUUGCUUCAACAUGGAAUAAAAAUUUAAUAUUUCAAUCUGGUAUUAUGAUUAGUGAUGAAAGUAUGGCAAUACAGUAUAAUUAUAAAAAUAAAAGUAUUGAUUAUAAAACUGGUGCAUCAAGUGUUAUUAAUAUCGCACGAGAUCCAAGAUGGGGAAGAGUUCCAGAAACAUAUGGUGAAUGUCCAAUAUUAACAGGUGAAAUAGCUGUCGCUUUUAAUAAAGGUAUCAUGGGUUAUGCAAAAUUAGAAGAUACAGAAUUAGAAUAUGGAAUUUAUAAAGUUAUACCUGUUAUGAGACAUUUUGUUGAUUAUGAUGGUCCUGAUGAUGGUAGAUUUAGCUUUAAUGCAAUUAUUUCUGAUAAUGAUUUAAGAACGACAUAUUUGCCAGUAUGGAAAAAACUUAUUGAUGAAAAAGCAAUUGUUGGUGUAAUGAGUUCAAUAAGUGCAGUUAAUGGUAUACCAUCAGCAGCAAAUAAAUAUUUAUUAAAUGAUGUAUUACGUAAUGAAUGGAAUUUUACAGGCUAUGUUAUAAGCGAUUGUGAUCCUAUGGGUGAUAUACAAAAAUCAUUUCAUUAUACAGCAACAUUAGAACAAGCUGUUGCCAUAUCUGUAUCAUCUGGCAAUGAUAUUAAUUGUGGUGAAGAAUUUAAAUUUUUACAUAAAGCAAUUUCAUAUGGUUUUGUUAAUUUCGAUACAAUUAAUUUAGCUAUACGUCGUGGUUUACAUUCAAGAUUUUUAAGUGGAAAUCUUGAUCCAAUUGGUACAGAUCCAUAUUCAUCAAUACCAUAUUCUAUUGUUGAUAGUAUUGAACAUAAAUUAUUAACAAAACAAAUUGUUAGUGAAUCAAUUGUUUUAUUACAAAAUCCUAAACAAAUUUUACCAUUUAAUUUAACAAAAAUCAAACAAAUUGCAGUUAUUGGUCCAUCAUCAAAUGAUAUAACUGUACAAGCACAUACAUAUCAUGGCACACCAAGUAAAUGGAUAACAACUUUAGAUGGUAUACAAUCAAUUGCAUCGAAAUAUAAUAUUAAUGUUGUUCAUACAUGGGGAGCAUCACGAAAAAAUACGAGUGAUGAAGAUUUUCAACAUGCUAUAGAAUUAUACAAUGAAAGUGAUAUUAUUUUAUUUGUUGGUGGUUUAGAUGAAAGUUUUGAAGAAGAAGAUACAGAUCGUAAUACAUUACAAUUACCUGGUGGACAAUUAGAAUUAAUUAAAUUAUUAAUGAAAUUAAAUAAACCAUUUGCUAUAUUAAUUAUAUCAGGUUCACCUAUAUCAGAACCAUAUAUAAUUAAUGAAAAUUCCGCAGCAUUAUUAUGGAUAUCCUAUUUUGGACAAAGUGGUGAUGCAAUUGCUGAUAUAUUAUUUGGUUUAUCUAUUCCAAGUGGUUGUUUACCAUUUACAAUACCAAUAGAUACAAGUCAAUUAUUACCAAUAGAUGAUUAUUCAAUGAAUAAAUCACCUGGAAGAACAUAUCGUUAUUUAGAUUAUUUCAAAGCUCCACCAUUAUUUCCAUUUGGUUAUGGUUUAACUUAUUCAAAAUUUAAAAUGAAUUCAAAAUUAAAUAUUUAUCCGAAUAAAAUAAAUAAUCUCGAUACUGAUAUUGUAGCAAAUAUAAAUAUUAUUAAUCAAGGUCCAUUUCCUGCACAAUUUGUUACACAGUUAUAUUAUGAAUUUCCUAAUUCAACAGUUAUUGAAUUACCGAUACGUGAAUUAUUACAAUUUAAUAAAACAUUAUUUAAAAUUAAUGAACAAAAAACAAUUUCAUUUACAUUUCGUAUUAGAAAUAUUCCAUAUUCAAAUCGACAACAAAUACCAGGUAUUAUCAAUCUUUGGAUUGGUAAUAGUCGUGAUAAAUAUGCACAAUCAACACUUAUUAUUGAUUUUGAUUCCUAA